GUUCUGGUCCAGGUCUGGUUCUGGUCCAGGUUUGUGAGUGGUCAGUCUGCUCAUCAGAACUCUUCCUCCUCCUCCUCUUCCUCAGACUGACCGGUGACGUCACACUGAUGAUCCAUAAACGGAUCAGCUGAUUCGUCCUCUCGUCAGAUUUCCCGCCGUGCCCGCUGCAGGGCAGUUGUCAUGGUAACAGAGCUCCGGCCGCGCGCCUCAGUGACUCACGGUGGAAAAACGACAGCGACGAGCGAACCGGUACCGACACCGGAACCGAACCAGCUGCUCGCGACAUGGACGAACUGCUGAUGAGGCUGAUAAUCCGCAGUGACGUCACAGCGACUGCAACAACACGCCGACAUCAAAAGGUGACCGACUGUUGCCGUGCCUGAGGCAACAACAUCGGUCCGGUUCGGCUCGGUUCGGCUCUGAAAGACCGACCGUGCAACAGCUGCAGGACGACAACAAGCUGCAGGAAACAUGUUGCUGCAACCAGAGACAUCACAGCAGCCAGUGAGGAGACAGGUCUACCUUCAGUAGCUCCGCCCCCAUCAGCAGGUGAAAACCUCCACGUAGCUCCACCCACUGCUGAUUUUUAUUCUGCUUUAACGGCCAAUAGAAUGAACCAGCCACAGGAGGCGGAGCUAGGCCAGGAGGGCAAGGUGCAGACCUGGGCCCACUCCAUGGUUUACACUGUGGAGGAACUGGAGUGUAAAAUCUGCUACAACCGGUACAACACUCGCAGCAGGAAACCCAAACUGCUGGGUUGUCUGCACCGAGUCUGUGCCAAGUGUCUGAAGAAGAUGGUCGACAUGGGAGACUCCUCCCCUUCUGUCAUCACCUGCCCAUUCUGUCGCCACGAGACCUACGUACCUGAGGAGGAGGUAUGGUUAAUGGAGGACGACCGGCACAUCCUGUCAGUUCUUUCCUGUCAGAACAGAAUCCAGCAGGAAGGGGGUCCAGCAGGUCCAGGAGGGUCUGAGGUGGUCCUGACUCCCAGCAGUCUGAAAGGAGGAGGAGGAGGAGUGGACGGGACCCACCGCUCCUCUGACUGUCUGGUCAUCACCAUCAUGGAGCUUCCUGACCGCUCUCCGUCCUCUGACUCUCUGAACGUGCUGAACGUGGUGGGUCUUUACCGACCCCCCAGCCUGGACUCGCUGCCCUGCAGCCUCCCGUCUCAGAAGUGCCGUGCCUGGACGUCCCACAGCUUCCCCCGCUGUCUUCUGGGGGUCCUGUGUCUGGUGUACUUCAGCUCGCUGCCUCUGGGGAUCUACCUGCUGAUGAUUGGUCAGCUGUGGAUGGGCGUGGUCCUGGUCAGUCUGGUGCCGUGCACGCUGCUACUGCUCGUCCUCUACGGCUUCUGUCAGUGCAUGUGCCACGAGGUCAGGGAGGUUCUGGCUGCACGCAGGCUGCCGUGACCACAGCAGGACGGCCCGGUGCCAGGACAGGGACAAUAAGAUAACCUGUUGCUGUGGAAACAACACCAGACCACCAUCAUCAACACAACUGGAAAACCUGAACUCACUACUGAACGGUUAAGUUGUGACAUCACACAGGCCCCUCCCCUUCUGAGCACCAGCAUGCCCCGUUUGUUAAAACAGCCAAUCAGAGAGCUGCACCAUGGCCCCUCCUUUUUCCUGUUGGCCAGUAGUGAUGUGACGUUCGUGAACGAUCCGAAUCUUUUGAACAGCUCUUUACAACAAACGAUAGGAGCUGAUCGCGGCCAUUUGUAGUUUUAUUUCUUUUAUUCUUCAUAUCUUUAUUUUUUCAUACUUAAAUCGCUCCCACUUUGCUU